AGAGAGCUGGCUCCUAUGCGGACAGAAUGGCUCCCCUCACGGAUCCGUGAUGUCGUGCCAGUCCCUAGCAGCGCGGGCCUUCGCCGAGCCAGACAAGGACAGCGCUCCUCAUUGUGGUACUUUUCACAGAUCAGUCCGUUUUAGUUCAGAAUCACGAAGCUCGACGCGAGAAAAACACAAUGAUGAGGGCAAAAGAGAAGGAUCCAUAUCCCUGACGGCUCUGAGCGUCACACCGUCGUCACAGGGCGCCAUGAGUCUGUCUGCACCAACAGCCAUAUCCUUCGAUCUCAGCGAUACGCCGGCACCAGCAGCCGCGUCAUGCAGAUUUCCAAAGCUAGAAGAGUGCGCUCACUUCCACUACGAACGCGUCAGUCUUGGUGGCUUGAACGUCUCCGUGGUACAGAGAGAACAGGUGGAAGAUACAUUGCCUAGCACCUCGCCUGAUGAUAAUGAAGGUUGGAUCUGCCUGAAAGUCCGGUCUCAUGUGAACUCGUCCUGUGACGAAUCUGUAGAAGCGCGCACGCUCAGCUCUAGUUGGACAGAGGCCAGCGAUGUACGCGAAUGGACACUUACUAGGAACGCUGACAACUUACUGCAGCUCGAUGACAUGCUACACAGGUGUAUCUAUGAUCGAAAAGUAUCCGGAUUACCGAACCUAUCCGAAAAGAUAACCCCGGCACUUCUGGAAGACGAGGAGGAGUACAUUCUUCUAAUCACCGACUACGUGCACCAUCUUUCUAUUAUUGCUGACGAUUCGAUUAAUUGCGGGCCGGUGCUCAACUGGUUGCAGAUGGAUAAUAAAGGGCACAAAUUGUUAGUAGCGAACGAAGACUCGUCGUCAAUAAACACACCGGCUGUCGCAGCGGCGUACUCGGUACGCAAGUACGUGUCGCAGGCUAGAGACGAGAUCAGCUUUGAAGUUGGGGAUAUGAUCUCUAUUAUUGACAUGCCUGGUCCUCAAGAAUCCCUCUGGUGGCGUGGUAAACGUGGUUUUCGUGUGGGUUUCUUUCCUCGACAUUGUGUUGCCGUCAUUGGUGAUAAAGUGCCCAGGCAUAUGACGCAGCCGCCGCCUAUCGUAGGUUCAGUGGCAGUAGCUCCCAUCAAGCCCGUGCUGCGGAAGCACGGCAAGCUGAUCUCGCUGUUCCGGUCGUUCAUCCUGUCGCGGCCGUCGCGGCGCAGCCUCAAGCAGCAGGGCAUCCUUCGAGAGAGGGUCUUCGGCUGCGACCUUGGGGAGCAUCUGCUCAAUUGUGGACAUGAAGUGCCGCUGGUGCUGGUGGAGUGCGCGGGCGCCAUCGAGGCGCGCGGCGCCGUGGACGGCGUGUACCGGCUGUCGGGCGGCUCGGGGCUCACGCAGCGCCUGCGCCAGGAGUUCGACUCCGGGGCGGCGCCCGACCUGUCGGCCGCGCCCGUCGUCAGGGACCCGCACGCCGUGGCCUCGCUGCUGAAGAUGUACUUCCGUGAAUUGCCCAACCCGCUAUGCACGUACCAGCUGUACGAGAGCUUCGUCUCCGCCGUACAACAGCCAGACGAGGCUUCCAAACUUAGAGCCGUACGAGAUACUGUUGUCAAGCUGCCACCGCCGCAUUACAGGACGCUGGCGUACCUGAUGCGGCACCUGCGGCGCGUGUCGCUGCUGGGCGCGGCCACGGGCAUGACGGCGCGCAACAUGGCCAUCGUGUGGGCGCCCAACCUGCUGCGCUCGCCCGCGCCGCAGCACGCGCUGCAGGGCGUGGCCGUGCAGGCAGUGGUAACAGAGUUCCUGAUAUGUUUCGCCGAAGAUUUGUUCGCGCAGGAACAGGGGGCGGACUCUGGACCGGAUUCUCUGGAACAGUUCCACGACCAAGACCGAUGCGAUCUCCAAAUAGAGCUACGUGGCAACGAAUCUUGUCGACGACCGAAGAGCUUGCCUCUGAAUCCGCCGACAAAACUGCUGAGCCUGGAGGAAGCGCGUCGCCGCGGCGGCAAGUCAGUGCCGGCCACGACUUUGAGUCCCCGCCUGCCGCCGGCCGAGGGCGCCAUCGCCGCCGCCGCCUCCGCCGGCACGCAGCUGCGUCCGCAGGGCGACGCCAAGCCCAAGUACAUCGAGGUCGGUUCAGGCCCGAACAAUCUGCCGCAAUACCACACAGUGUUGGAUCUUCCACUGUCCGGCGCGAAACGCGGCCUAAAGAGAUCACCGUCGGGCUGGCGCGGGCUGUUCUCGCGCAGCAACAAGCAGCAGCGGCCGCGCAGCGCACGCGCAGUGCCCAGCGCGCCCAUCGCGCUGCCCGUCGCUUGCCCCGCCGAGGACAUAAUUAUACCAGGACUUCGGCCAGUAAAAUCGUGUGAAUCUCUAGCUUCAGAUUCGGACACUCUCGCGCCACUAGCUGAGAGAGCCAGCGCCCCUUUGAAACAUCACACUAGAUCAUCUUCAUGCGACUCGUACUUCGAACCGUGGCAAGCGGAAUUGGCAGACAUGAGACUUCGUUUGUCGCCGCAAGAACGAGAUCAUCACAUGUUCAGCGAAGAGGACGACACCGCCUUACACACUAUACAAUAUCAGGGCGACUCCCUUUGCUCGACGCCACCGGAAUCCGGAUUGUGCAGCGCUGAACCCAGUCCCAGAAGGAAUUUGAGAGUUGAUAUCGAGGCUGCUUCGGAUAUGGCAGACAGGAAGCGCACCGCGCUGGAGGAGCAGAUCGCGUCCAUCAGCUACAUCGACGGGGACUCGCCGCGCGCCAAGCCGCCCGAGAAGAGGCAGUGCGAAGCGCGCGCGCACAGCCCGCCGCACAAGGACAUCGCCAAGCGAUUAUGUAAAGAUCGCGAUAGCCCGUUGGCGUCACUCGCCGACUUCCAAACGUCUCUUGGCAGCGUGAAACUCAGGGAUAGAAACUCGCCGCGCAAAACAAAAAACAGCUCUCGAUACAGUGGUCUACACCACCCGAUUGACAGUAUAACUGUCAAUAAUGUCAAUACUAUCAAUAAUACAAACUCACGACUUAGUUGGCACGGUAAAGACGGACAUUCCACAUUGAUAAAGAUUGACUGGCCUAUUGAGAACAGUUCUGUAAGUAACUUGACGACUAGCACAUUGAACUCCAGUCCUGUAACACCGGCUACCCCAAAUUAUGAGACUCUAGAAAGUGAUUCGGAAGAUAAUAAACAUACGAUUAAAAUUGAAAACAGCUGCGAAAAUUGUACGCAAGAGAAAUGCCUAAAGUGUGAAUUAAAAGCUGCUGAUUACGAAAAUGUACGCUUCGGCGAAGACAGUCCAGUUAAAGAUAUUAGUUACCAGAAUCUGAACAGAUUGUCUGCUGUUUCUACGUCAUCAAACUCAGAGUCGGAUCGUAAGCAAGACCUUAUGAAAAUUAUGACGUCAUCACACGAAAGUUCGUCUAGUUACGACACCAGUUUGAAACACAAUGAUGAAGUUUAUGAAUGCUAUAACUUUACAAGACCCAAUUAUAUAAAUUUACAAUCAUCUAGUACAAGUUCACCGGGAUCGCCUUUAAAAAGCCCUUUAAAGUCUACCAUUAGUAUUACAUUUAGGUCUCCCACUAAAAAUAAAAAUGAUCUUACACCAACAAAUGAUAGGGAUUCAAUAUAUGAAGACGUUAAUUUGGAUAAUAAUUUGUCUAUAGUAGAAGAUGCUUCCAUUCCUGAUAUAGACGCGUCAUUACCUACACCCGCAUGCCAACCUGAAAUUGAACAAGAUUUAAUCAUACUUGAAACGCCUACAGACUCAACAGCUGAUGAUAAAGAAGUAUACAACCAAGUUAAGUUCUUCAAGAAAAGCAUUGAUGAGGUAAACGCUAUGAUUCUCGAAACCCCUGAAAAGGAACGGCAUUAUGAAAAUAUUGAAUUCGGUAAAGAAUUUGACAGUAUCAAUGUUGAUACUUUGAAGAUAUGCGACAAACAUGAAUUGACUAACGAUAAUGUUGAACAUAUUGAGAAAGACAACGGCAAUAUUAUAAAAAGUAAGAAUUUAAACGUAAGGGAGUUAGCUAUACGUUUUGAAAGCCCCACAGAACAAAAAGGACCCUUUGUUUUUGAGAAAUUCAAAGCUGAAAUUAAAUACCCUAGUUUGGAACGUAAAUCUGAUAUGGUCAAGCAAGAAACAAGGCAAACGUCCCCCAAAGGCAACAAUAAAUUGUCCAAGAACUCUUUAAAUGCGAGGUCGCUGGAUGAAAAUGCUUUCAUUAAAGAAUUUGGACCAGAAAGAACAUACGUAGAUAGAAGAAAAAGUUUAGAAGUAAGAGAUGGUAAGAAGAAAAUAGAUUUGAACUUAAACCUUGAAGAGCAAAAACCGAAAUUCGAAAGUAUAACACCGACUACUGAGAAUAAGAUUUCGUUAAUUCAACGAUUUGAUGUCAAACCGGAUUUAAAGACUUUAAUUGGAUUUGAAGCAGAGAAGAAGUUAAGUAGGGAACGAAUUGAAAAGUACAAAGAGGAAAGAAGAAAUUUCUUAAGGGAAAAGUACAGUAGCCAAUCUUUUAGAAGCAAUCCAGAACAGUUAACGAGAAUUAAAAUUAAAAAGGAUGAGGAGUCUAUAGAACGAUGCGAGCGGUUACGGGAUGACUCUAAUACAAAAUUCGAAAGACGUAAUACAGUGGAUUUAGGCCAAAGAAUGAAAUUUUCACUGGCCAAAAGCCCUAAUAACUUCGAUACGAUACCGUCACCAACUAGUCCGGAAAAAGUUGAAGAGAUAAAUGAAGAAUAUUCAAGAGAUAGACGAGAUACACCGCGAGAUAGCAGUGAGUUUGACCAGAAAGAAAAAAUGUCCCCCUCAUACAACAUUCGGGACAUGGCGGCCAUGUUUGAACAAAAAUCACAAAAUUCCAAUGGAUAAUAAUAAUUUAUUAGCUUAUUUAUUAUUAUUAUUAAAUGUAAUUAUUCUUGUAUUUACUCAAAAAUUACUUGAUCACUGAAAACUGGUAUUUUUUCGUACGUAUAAAUUGGAUUUAUUUGUUAUAUAAAUUGGACUUAUUUGUCGUACGAUAGCACCAAAUUAUACUUUUU